GUCGUCACAUGAGAUAACAACAGGAAGUUAACUGCUGCAUCAAGAGAAGAGUGUAUGCUGAGGAUAAGAAGUAAUUAAACGUUCUCGAAGGGAUGAAAAUAUUAAUCUGUGGAAAUUAGGGAAGUUCUUGCAGUCGAACAGAUGAGUUUGCGAGCUUUAUGGAUUAUUUUUUAUGAUAAAGGAGAAAAUGCAUCAGUGCGGUUUUCAAGGAGGUUUUCCACUGUGGAACACCGCGCUAAAAUUAUGGCAGGUUCCUCCCACGUAGCCGUCCCAGAGGACAGAAUCUUCCUAAAGCUCCUGCUCACUGAGCUGGGCCUUUCCAGUCCUAACAAGCCUUACGUCGCUGACAGAGAUGAUUGCCUUUACCGUCCACGUUCACCAGCUGUGGAGCUGCGUUUGAAUGGAAAGGCAACAUUGUGGCCUGUGCUGGCCAUCUCUCAGGGUCCACUCAUCCUGGCUUGCCUCCCAUUAGUGGAUAUCCCCUCCGAGCCGCGACCACCUCUGGCCAGCCUGCUGUCAGUGUCUCAGGGUCUCACAUUUCUAGCUGGCCUCCAGACCUUUGUGCUAGGGUCAGGGGGGAAGCUUGACAGGGAGGGGCUGGACUCUCGUGUGGCAAUGCUGCCACCUCUCCUCUUGCAGGUGUGUCCUCUUGGCACACCUCUUGAUACUAUACCACUGGCGGGAACACCUACUGCAUCCACGGCGCCCACAUCUACGGUCACCCAGAAGCAGCCAGCCUGGAAGACGGGUCUAUAUCGGGGUCGAGCCUCUGUGAAUGUGGCUGUGGUUGAAACAGUGCGCUCCAUGCAGUAUGGGAACCAGAGCAGACAGGAUACGUGGGAUGUUUACGGGACAGUGACCUGCAAGUGUGAAGUAGAGGGGGUGCUGCCGAACGUCACUGUGACCCUCACACUGCCACCCAACGGUUCUCCACUGCAGGACAUCCUGGUCCAUCCCUGCGUGACCUCUCUGGACUCUAGUAUACUGACCGCCAGCAGUGUUGAUGCUGCAGACGGCUCUGCUUUCUCUGGGCCGUACAAGUUUCCCUUUUCUCCUCCUCUGGAGCCAUUUAGACUGUGCAGCUACACUUCACAGGUCCCUGUUCCCCCCAUCCUUGGCUUAUAUCAGCUGAAGGCAGAGGAGAAUAACCUUCGCGUGAGUGUGUCCCUCAAGCUCCACGAGUCUGUGAAAAACAGCUUUGAGUACUGCGAAGCACACCUGCCGUUCUUCAACAGAAAUCAGAUGGGUGUGGCGGAUGUGAAAGUGAGCUCUGGCCAGUUAGACGUGUCUAAAGAGAAGAAUCUGUUGGUCUGGGCUCUAGGUCAAAAAUUUCCAAAGUCUCGUGAAGUUACAUUGGAUGGCAAAAUAACUUUUUCUGGAUCCUCACGUGGACCUUCUGACCCUCUCUGCACUGGACUUACUGCCUACAUUAAGUUGUACUUAAGGGUGCCAGACACGACUCUGUCCGGAUGUUGUGUUGACCAGCAUUCAGUGCAAGUUUAUUCAUCUGCAAAACCAAGGAUUUCUACGUCCCGAGAACUUCAGUCCAAAGAGUACUACAUCUGGAAUUCAACUGGUUCAGCCCCCAUGUCCACUGGACAGAUGGUGAUCUAGCGUAAAUCCAUCAUGGGCGGAUGCACAGUGCACUGUCGAGACUGAAAACCAAGUCCAGCUGAAAUGGACGCAUAUGACUAUAAACAUAAUGAUUUAUUGAAUUUAUUUUGUAUAGCUCCAAUAACAAGUUUACAAAUACUCAUUAUAGGCACGAAUUUCAUAUGAAGCUCUUUUUUUAGGAAAGAUUUUUGAUACAACAAACAACUAAAAUAAAGCAAAAUACUGAGUUUGAAUUUAAAUUGGAUUUUCUCUCAUUUUCAGUUAAACAUACACACUCGAAUAUAUGCACACACCUCCACUAAUAGUUGGGUCAAAGUCCCUGGAACCACAUACUUUUUGUAGCCAUCAGAAGUUUGGCUACUUUGUAGCCAACGAAAGACUAUAAAAGUAGCAGUACUUUUGGUGAAUGGCUAAAGUAAGAGUUUGAUUUGCCUUUAACUUGCUAAGGAACAUUUAUGUUACUACUGGAAAAUGUGUGGGUGUAUCUAUUCUUUUGAGCCUGUGUGGAGUGGAGAAAAUCCAAAAUCAAUUCAAACUUGUGCAUCUAAUGUUUAUUUUUAAGAUUUAAGUUAUUUGUUGUUUUUCAUUCCCCAAACCUAAAACAGAAUGCAUAAUUAAAAUUAACAUGAUAUUCGGAAUAAUAACUGGAAUUUCUCCCAGCAUAGUAACUUGUUUCCUUUAAAACAAUAGAAAAAGUACAGCUACCCUUAUGGAGGUGGAACCCUUCUUGUUCUUCCACCCUUGACUUCCCAUCAGAUUUGCACACAAGGGCCACCCCUUGCUCCGACAGUCCCACUUGAGUGACUCUCCAUCAGCCGUAUAAUUAGCAGCUGGGACCUUGUCAUCAGCUGCUGCAGGUCUGGAGAAGAAGCCGGCUGCGCUGUGAAAGCCCAAGCUGCCCUGGCCAGUGUCUGGGCUUCAAAAGGCUUCUCUUAGGAGCUGGCAGGACUCCUUACCCAUACCAAUCACUGCAUCCCCUCACCCCCCGUCUCCUUUUGACCCCUCAUCCUUGGCCUGUCAACUAGAGACUCGUUCAAACACACAACCUCUCCAAGCAGACUGAUUGAGCGUUGACCCUUUGGCCCUCUGAGACUUAAAAGCAGCCGGUCUCUUUCAGUGAACAGGACCUGCCUAAUUGGUAAAAAAGUCACAAGGAUGGUAAUGGUUGAGCUGGCCCUUGAGGUUGGAGAGGUGCUAUUUAAGACACAACUUCAAGCAUGUGAUUUGACCUUUUGUUUAUUUAACACAGUCGUUUGGGGAACCUUGCGAUUGAUUUUAGCAGGUUACAAAAAUCUUAGCCACUUUACUUCCUGUCAUGUUUUGGGGGCUAUGCAGCUUACUCUGAUAUUUCUUCUGAAAAUGUUACAUGUCAGUGCAUUAAGUGAAAUGAAAAAUCAGGCGAAGAAGGGGUUAAAUUCUCCACAUUUCCACGGCAGCCAGACUCCUCUGAGUGCCCUCAUUGUCUGCUGUUGGUCUCUUGUGCCCCUCGCUGGUCCAAACGCUUCAUUCUCACGUGGAUUUCCACUCAGAAGGCUGACCAUGACCAAUCUUCUGUCAAUUGGAACCAAUUGCUCACACGGCAUCCUUCACCUUCUUUUUAUGUAGCGAUACGGAGUGGCAGACACCGAGACCUCAUGUCUCUUCCCCCUCCAUGACAAUUUGGCUUUAAGGUUCAGUGUGUGUGGUUAGCGAACCGGAAAAGGAGAAGGUCUUUUUUUUUUUCCUUAUUGUGGAGGGUUGAGCCACUUUAAAUCUCCUCAGCAUCGCAAUAUGUGGCCCGUCUGGCUCCUUGAGUCUACAUGCGGCGGCUUCUUGCUGGCAGACUUUGCUUUAUUGACUCAACAGUUUGCUGAGUAGUUCUCUUUAAUGUGUUGCUCCAUCCUCAGUGUCUAUGGUCCACCAGGACCUGUGAGUUGUUAAUUGCACCAUCUCUUAUAAUCAUCCAUUUAUUUUGUUUCAGUUUCUUAGAAGGUGUCGAAACAUUUGCAGAGUCAAAAUCCAUUAGGUCAACAUAAAACUGUGAAAGCAAAGUUGGACUGUGCUGGUUAAAAUGAUUAAGACUUCAUACAAUAUGCAUCAUAUUUUGCUUAAAUGUUUCCCAUGUCAACAUAUUUGCUACACUGUUAUUGUUUAAUACUUGUUUUUUCUAUAUCUCUGCCAUACCAAAUGAAAAUGUUAUGACAAAACUUUAUUUCAAUCAAUCAAGCAACAAGCCUUCCUUACUUUUUCACAUGUUGUCACAUUGUAACCACAAGCUUUGGUGUAUUUUAUUGGGGUUUUAUGUGAUAAGUAGUGCACAAUUGUUAAGUGGAAGAAAAACACUUUUUGAUAUCUUUCAAUUUCUUAUUUUUGCAUAUAAAAACCAGUAAAUAGUCUGAAUCUAUCUGAAUAUUAAGGUUAUGAAUGUUAGUCCUAAGCAGAGUUGCACUAUUAAUCUUUGUGGCAUUUUCUUCCCACUUCAACGUAUGUAAAGUAAUUUUAAUUAUGUAGCACAUUUUCAGGAACAAGGGAGUUCAAAGUACUUAUGCAAUAUCAUAUGUUGGUCUAUCACAUAAAGUCCCAUUUAAAUAUAUGCAACAUGACAAAAUAUAGAAAGAGGGAUGAACACUUGCCACUGUUUGGGCCUUUUCAACCCAAUAAUGGUGCCUUGUGGCAGAGAACAAUAAAAGCUCAUGUUGGAGUGCUUUGAUGUCUUUGAUACAUUUUAAUGCACAUGUUUAUCUUUGAGGGAUUUCUUCUCAACCGAAGCCAGAUUAUCUGCUGAUUUAGGGAGUCCUGCUGUGAUGUGAGCUUGUUGUGCCUGAAGAUCAGAGUUUUGUUGCUGCAGCGGCAUCAGGUGUUCGGUAGGAGUCCAUUUCCUCUGAGCCUAAAGAGAACCAGCCUCGGGGAGAGCAUUUCAAGAAUUACAUUUUCUAUUUUAAAGUUUGAUUAUUUAAGAGGUUUCUGGUUGGUUUCAAGUUAUAAACUAUUUGCAGGGACUUCAGAGGGUCCCCUAACAGAUUUCCAAUAAUGGAAAAGGACUUGUUAAAUUGGACUCUUGGAACUAAUUAUGUAAUUUACUUUAUAGAAGUGGGAUAUUAUUGGUAAUUGUAAAGCAUAAUAGGCUUCAGCUGCAACUUUAAUACAUCAUUUUGCCCUAUAGAGGGCACUAUAAUCUUAUUUUACAAAGCAACGCUCAGGACUGUUUCCUCAAUUUAAAGAGUUGUGAUCAUAUUAAAAGUUUCUGUCUUGCCCACUUUUAUCAAAAGCUUUAGGUUAUUAAAGUAAUUAAUGCCUAAAGUGAGCCUAUUAAUUCCUAAAGACCUACACAAUCUGUCUUUAUAACUUCCAUCAUGCCAUUUGCAUAAAUGCUAUUUAUAGACACUUGGUAAUGACACAGCCUUGUUGAAGACUGAUCACACCAUCCCUCAUGAAGGCAGCACCAUAAAUUGUUGAAUUCGUGUGGUGAAUGCCAAAACUUGUAACAGCUUUUUUUUAGAAGGCCUCAGAAAACACAAAUCCUCUCUGAGAUGUUGGGCCUUUUUCCAGUUCUUGAUGACGUCUGUAGGAGCUUUACUUUCCAAGGUCUGGAUAAAAAUGGAAAAAAUAGAGUAUGGAAAGUUAUUUGUAUUUCAAGGCUUUGUAAUUCCAUUCAACUUUCUGUAUUAUCCAUCCAUCUUUUUGCCGUCCACCUACCAUAACGCACAAACUAAAAAAAAUACAACCUUCCUUAUCUCUGCUCUUGAGGAUACAACAAAUCCUGCAAGAAAAUAAGUGGUGCUCCUUCAUUGGCUGUUUUACAAACAUCAACCAAUAGUAUGUCAACUAGCAUUGUGUCAAUGCUCAUCUUCCAAAGCCGCAUUUUCUUUAGAAUAUUUAAAUAUGCUCUAAGGAAAAUUCCUACGUAGGUGGGUUUUCUCCUAGUAAUUUUGAGUUAUGUUCCACAGAAAAAUCAGCAAAUAAAUGAAUUUGUGAAUACAGAACGGCGAGGGGUCCACUCUAUGCCUUUUUUUAAAAUACUUUUUCUUCAAUGCAAAGUAUUCCUGAACCAGUGCUUGUGCAAUGUCUGGUCGGGGCUCUCAAGCCCCCAGUCAAUGACAUCAAAAGGGACCUAUGGUGGAAAUGCUUCCUAAACGCCACAUCAUGAGGGAGAAUAAUUUCAUAAAAAGAACCACUUGACAAACAAGACUUUGGUUUUGACAAUUUGAAUUUGGAUUAUGGGUCUUUAUCUCUUCUAUAUGCUCAAAAUAGAUCCCAUCAAGAAACAAUAAUGAUGUGUAGACCACUGUGUUUCCAUUCUACCAGCACUUUAAUCAGAAGUCAUAGUCUCUGCUAACUGCUAUCUCUUUCCACUCAGCUGUUUCCAUAUCUUGUUUUAAGCACUACAGCAAACAUUUGUUUUUAUUUAAAAAGUAUGAUCUGAAUUAUUAAUGUACCAGAUGCACUUAAUCUUUUCUGUACUUUGUCAAGAUGCUUCACCUGAAUUACUUUGCUGUCUUGGCUGUAAAGAACAACCAAUGGCUGCCCUCAUUGGACUUUAUUGAACUUCUUAUUUAAUUAGUUUGGCGUUAUGAAGUCAAAACAACGAAAACAGAAAUUUAUCAGAACAAAUAGAUGUUUAACUUGUGCUGAAUAUUUUUAAAAUUUGUUUUAAAGGGACGUUCGUUACUCCAAACACAAUCAGCAACCAUUUUCGAUUAAUCCAUUCCACCUUUCAGCAGUUAUAUGGCCAACCAGAGGAUUAUUGAACCUCAUUGUUGUAGUCAUAAAUACCAUGCUUUGGGCUUUCUAUUAUUUCUAAUAAAUAAUUAAUAGGGAGGACUAUCUUUCAUUUUUUAAACUUGAAACACUUCAAAAUAAUGGUUAGAUGGUUGAAAAUUGGAUAUACCUGAUUUAUCACACAGGACAGUGAUUCCAAUUACAUCAAGCUGAUUUUAGAAUGGGUGAGGCAGGCUAAAAUCAGUGGACAGUUAAAAGCACAGUUUGUCCCAUAAACUGUGGGACAAACUGACAUUUAAUGUGAUUAAAUGUCUAGCCAGAAUAAUUUCAGAAUUAUAACUGGAUUACAUGGGUGUAUGUACAUAUUUGAGCCCAUAUAUUUAAAAUAAAUUCAGACUUGUGCACCAAA